AUGUUUUCCCUUCCUCACUUCCCUAAGGUCAGCCUCACCAACCUGUUUUCUUGCUGUCCCCAGGUUCAUGUAUCCAGGAAUCCUUCCGUUCGCUCCCAGAUGUCUCCCCUUCCCCACUUACCCAAGGUCAGCCUCAACUGCAUGUAUUCUUGCCAUCCCCAGGUUCAUGUAUCCAGGAAUCCUUCCGUCUACCGCCGGAUAUCUUCCCUUCCCCACUUACCCAAGGUCAGCCUCAACUGCAUGUAUUCUUGCCUUGCUCAGGUUCAUGUAUCCAGGAAUCCAUCCGCUCGCUCCGGAUGUCUCCCCUUCCCCAUUUCCCUAAGGUCGGCGGUGCCUUCCCCGGAUCAGUGUCUCCAGGAAUCCACUUAUGUCACCUCAGGUGAACUCCCUUCCCCACUUCCCCAAGGUCAGCGGUAUUCUUGCCAUUCCCAGGAUCAUGUAUCCAGGAAUCCUUCCGUCUACCGCCGGAUAUCUUCCCUUCCCCACUUACCCAAGGUCAGCCUCAACUGCAUGUAUUCUUGCCUUGCUCAGGUUCAUGUAUCCAGGAAUCCAUCCGCUCGCUCCGGAUGUCUCCCCUUCCCCACUUACCCAAGGUCAGCCUCAACAACAACCUUCCUCAAGUUCAUGUAUCCAGGAAUCCAUCCGCUCGCUCCGGAUGUCUUCCCUUCCCCAUUUCCCUAA